AUGAGUCUAAGAGACCCUCCAACUCUGGGCCCCCGGUGGAGUGAGGCAGGUGGUGGUCCGUGUCUUCGUCAGUCUCAGUCAGCUGAAAUACCAUUUGGUUCCUUUACUCACAUCACCAGUACUCCCGGCACACCAGUUCCCAGUACACCAGUUCCCAGCACACCAGUUCCCAGCACACCAGUUCCCAGUACACCAGUUCCCAGCACACCAGUUCCCAGCACACCAGUUCCCCAGCACACCAGUUCCCAGCACACCAGUUCCUCAGCACACCAGUUCCCAGCACACCAGUUCCCAACACCAGUUCCCAGCACAGUUCCCAGUACACCAGUUCCCUGUACACCAGUUCCCAGUACACCAGUUCCCCAGCACCAGUUCCCAGUACACCAGUUCCCAGCACACCAGUUCCCAGCACACCAGUUCCCAGUACACCAGUUCCUGUACACCAGUUCCCACACACACCAGUUCCCAGUACACCAGUUCCCAGCACACCAGUUCCUGUACACCAGUUCCCCCACACCAGUUCCCAGCACACCAGUUCCCAGCACACCAGUUCCCCCAGCACACCAGUUCCCAGCACACCAGCUCCCAGCACGCCAGAUCCCAGCACACCAGUUCCCAGCACACCAGUUCCCAGCACAUAGAUCCCAGCACACCAGUUCCUGUACACCAGUUCCCAGCACACCAGUUCCCAGCACACCAGUUCCCAGCACACCAGUUCCCAGCACCAGUUCCCAGCACACCAGUUCCCUGUACACCAGUUCCCAGCACACCAGUUCCCAGCACACCAGUUCCCAGCACCAGUUCCCAGCACAGUUCCCAGCACACCAGUUCCCAGCACACCAGUUCCCAGCACACCAGUUCCCAGCACCCCGGGCCACCACUAACCCUUCCUAG